AUGGAAAGAGUAGAAGUUGAUCGAUCAAUAAUAGGCCAAGCAGAAAUUUGGCAGCAAAUGUGUGCCUUCACAAGCUCCAUGCUUUUGAAAUGUGCAGUAGAGCUUCGCAUUGCUGACAUUAUACACUCCCAUGGUAGUCCAAUCACUUUGUCACAAAUAGCUUCGGGUAUUACCGAUUCUUCAUCUCCAAAUAUCUUCUACCUCGAACGUAUUAUGAGAUUUCUAGUCUUCAAAAAUAUUUUCACGGCGAAUCGCCCUUCGGACGGUGGUGAAACAUUAUAUGGUCUCACACAUCAAUCUAGAUCGAUAUUAUGGGACUCAAAACCAAGCCUCGUCCCAUUCAUAUUGUUCCAAAAUUAUCCAAUGAUGAUUCACUCAUGGCAUUAUCUUAGCCAAUGUGUGAAAGAUGGUGGACUUGCAUUUAAGAGGGCCAACGGUUGUGAAAUUUGGGAGUUCAUGUCCAAAAAUCAAGAGUCCAACAACUUGUUCAAUAGUGCAAUGGCAACCACAGUUCCAAUUCUGGUGGAUGUGUUUUUGCCAGCAUAUGAAGAUGAGCUUAGUAAGAUAGGAUCUUUGGUGGACAUUGGAGGUGGAACUGGAGGACUUAUGCAUGAGAUUGUGAAAUCCCAUCCACAAAUCAAAGGCAUCAACUUCGAUCUUCCACAUGUCAUUGCCACAGCUCCUGUCCAUGAAGGUGUCACUCACAUUGGAGGCAAUAUGUUUGAGAGUGUUCCUAGUGCAGAUGCUGUUUUGCUUAAGACCGUACUACAUGAUUGGGGUGAUGAAGAAUGUGUGAGAAUUUUGAAAAAUUGUCGAAAUGCAAUACCUGAAAAUACUGGAAAAGUUAUUAUUGUGGAUAUUGUUCUUGACGAGGAAGAUGAUAAUAUAUUCAAGGAAUCGCAAAUCAUGAUAGAUAUAACGCUGAUGAUAUUUACAACCGGAAAAGAGAGAACAGAGGUGCAAUGGAAGAAGCUGUUGGAGGAAGGAGGUUUUCCUCGUUACAAAAUUAUUAAACUUCCAGCCAGAGAAUGCAUUAUUGAGGCCUAUCCAAUAUGACAACAUUUGUUAUCAAAUUACAUAAAUUUUAUUCUACUGCUGCAAUGUUGCCCAUCUUAUCUUUAAGCGUAGGCAAUAUUUCACUGAUAAAAAAUUGAUUAUUUCCAUAUGAAUUACAUCUAAUUAAACACAUCAAUUGAACAGUAUAAGAUGUUCAAUGUUGCCCACUAAAAUAUUCGUGCAAAAAUAAUAAACCUCUAGUAUUUAAAAACAUCAUGUACUUUGGAGCUGUUUUCAUGUGUCAAUGCACAUGUAUUUGUUAAUUUGUUUGUUUGUUUUUUGUUUUUUCAAA